AUGCUUCCUUCGGUCGUCCAGAUCGUCUCCAAGACCGAUCUUAUCAAAUACAUGCUCACUCGGCCGAUUAUACGCGGCCAAAUUGGGAAGUGGAUGAUGGCAUUGUCGGAAUUUACCUUUCAAUAUGUGGCUCAGAAAUCGAUCAAAGGUCAGGCAUUGGCCGAUUUCCUGGCUCAUCACCCGGCCCAAGGGCAGGAGGGAGAGUUGGAGGUCGAGAUCGGCAUGGCCCACAUGGAAAAGAACUACUGGACCAUGUACUUCGACGGCUCCAGUACCGAGGCCAGGUCAGGGGCCGGAGUCGUGAUCGAAUCCCCUCAAGGGCAGAGAUGGCAGUUUGCUUUCCAACUCGACUUCAAGUGCACCAAUAACCAGGCUGAAUACGAAGCACUCAUCAUCGGUCUCGAAAUUCUGAAAGAAAUGAAGGCAACCCGUGUUCUAGUCUACGGUGACUCUCAGUUGGUAAUUAAUCAGUUGACCGGGGAAUACUAG